AUGCCUUCCCUAUGCGCUCCAUGCGAUCGUUCUUUCAGUAGCGAUGAGGCGCUACGGCAGCAUCUGCAAACUUCAUGGGCACAUGCUCAAUUCGACUGCGAUACUUGCGAUCGAAAAUUCAUGACCAAAGAUGCGCUAGGGCAGCAUCUGAAAACUUCCCCCGUUCACUUACCGUCUGUUCAUUUACCGCCCGUAGACUGUAAGACAUGCGGUCGAUCCUUCAAAAGCGAGGAGGCACUGCAACAGCAUCUGCAAUCGCCAGCACAUGCACCGACCUUUGACUGCAAAAGUUGCAAUCGAUCUUUCAGAAAUGACGAGGCACUGAAACAGCAUAUGAAGUCCCCAGCUCAUGAUCCGACCUUUCCCUGCAAAAAUUGUGGUCGAUCGUUCAAAAGCGAUGAGGCGCUGCAACAGCAUAUGCAGUCGCCAGCACACAUACACGCACCGACCUUUGACUGCAAGAUCUGCAGUCAAUCUUUCAAAAGCGAUGAGGCACUGAAACAGCAUAUGAAGUCGCCAGCUCAUGAUUCGACCCUCAACUGCCAGACUUGUGAUCGCAAAUUCCAAAGCAAGGGGGCUUUAGAGGCUCACUUGCGUGACUCUCCAGUCCACGGACGGAAAUCAAAAACCCCCUUGGACAUCUUUUUCGGCUCUUUUCGAAGUUUCAAAUACGAUCCUUCUCUCCCGCCAUCCACGUCGUACGCCAAGUUACGAGACCAAAGGGGCUGGGAACGGGGCGAUCCCGAAGGGGACGAGGCAUGGAACAGAUAUCAAGAUGCAUUGGCGAUCGAGCUUGAGAUGUGGUAUGGUGCAGAAGAUGAUCUAGCGGCCUGGCAUUCACUCUGCCGUGCAAUAGGCAUCGAGCCCCCUCCGCAAACGUGUGCGCUGUGCAAGAAGGCUGCACGAAAUAAACACGUCAAUAUCGUGGAUUUGAUUGAUUGGGGGCGAAAUCAAAGUGGGCAAAAGGUUCGGAUAUUCAGAGACGUUGACCAGCUGCGAGCCUACACCAGGGAGACUGGAAAGAUAUUCCGCAACCCAUACGACGAGGGCGAAGGUGGUGGUAACAUGGUGUUGAGACACCUCCUUCGGAGGAUCUUUCGCUAG